CGCAUUCGCAUAUCUGGUCCUCAGCAGCAUUUUGGGGAAUGAUGAAGAUGCUCGAGACUCUUCUUCAGCAGUGAUGGCUGCCUGCAGCCCCCCUGCCCCUUUCCUCUGUGUGCUGCUGUGUGUUUCGGUGGCUCUGCAGCGAUCUGACUUGCACCUGGCUUAUGUAACCCACAACAGCUUUUUGUACUACUCCUGCAGCCAGGACCCACAACCCUGCAGCAUCUCAUCGCUUACAGAUUGCGUAUGCAAGGACAUCCAGCUCUCCACACUGCACCGCCUACAGUCGCACUUGUCUCCUGUUUUCCAGAUGAGACGUUUAACUGUUUGGUUCACGUCACCGUCAAAUGCAGCACGUCUGCUCAACAACUCAGAGGUGAGGCACCUCACACUGAUCUAUUGCGGAUCCAGUGGGAUGCCUCCUUUAAAUCCGGAGGGAUAUUUUGCCGUGCACCACCUGGAGAGGCUGACGGUGGUCAACCUGCCACAGAAGCCAUUUUAUCCCUAUCCAGAUUUGAACAGAGCCAAGACUGGAGACCCAGACAGAGAAAACAAUGCUGAUUUAGACACAAAUAGGUACAACACAGAAAUAGACACAAAUCUGGACUUGAUCACAGACAUAAGGAGAGAUUAUUUAAGUCUGUCUCCAGCACAGGUCCAAGACAUCUUCCUGGGCAGGGAGCUUGGAGCAGAGUAUUAUGAACAAGCCAGACUGGGAAUCAUCCACAAAUCAGUGCUGGAGGGGGGAGCAGUGGUUAAAGCAUACACAGUAAAGACGCACAUAGACAGCAGUGGUGCGCUGCCUUUCCCUGAACUCCACCUGCCGAAAUUGCCAGAGACAUCUGUCAUAUAUGUCACUUUUGUAUACUGAUAAAAAAAAUAGUUUAAUCUCUUUUUAAAAGCAGGAUUUCAGUCGUUUGAAUUAGUGGUGAAAAUGUCCACGUUUCUUGGAAACUGAAUGCAUUUGAAAGAGUUUACAUUUGUUUUUUGCAUUCUUGUUCUGGGAAAAAGUUUUGAGGUUUUGGUUCAAUAACUUUAAUCUCAUCAGGCGGUCCAAAAGUUUGCACAGUUGUUUAAUAGUGUGUUAAAAUAGGCAAAUCAAAGAGUUUUGCUGUUUCUAU